AUGUCAGUGAAAGCAAGGAGAAUUUCUGGUAGAGUAGAGACUGUAGUAGCUAAGGUCAAUUAUGCAUUUGAUCCGGUUAACGAUGACAAGAUCAUAAGAAACCGGCUUCUGACUCGAACCACGACAACUCGUGGCGAACCUCCAUUGAAGAAGCUUCAGAAGAAGUUCACUUCUUUUGUACUCGAAGUCGACAAAGAAGAAGACAACUACAGUGAGUGCAACAGACUCGCGAAAGCCUUCUUGCAAGAGCUGUCUACUUUCGAGAUCCCGCUUCUCAAGAGCCAAGCGGUUGUAGAAGCAAACCGUAGAGAGAAAGAGAGCUUCAACGAGGUGAAAGAUGAGACCGAAAGGCAGAUAACGCAGGCGAAAGCUGAGAUUGAAGAGCUAAAGAAGCAGCUUGAGGAGAGUAAAGUAGAGAGACAGCAUAAAGAAGAAUGUGAGACUAUAAGGAAACUGAUCUCUGCGCAACCGCCGAGGUCAGAGACAGAGAAGGUGAUUUAUGAAUUGAAGAAGGAGAUUGCUGAGCUUGAAGCAGAGAGCACUGCGAGUUGGAGAUUGCUUGAGCUAAGGAAGAAGCAGUUUGCUCUACUGUUGCAUGUGGUUGAUGAGUUGCAGAACACAAUGGAAGAUGAGCAGAAGAAUCUGGUGGAUGAAAUUCGGACAGCGUUGGAAGACCAGAGGAACACAACCGAGGCCAUGUCUGUGGAUUAA